AUGUCAGGAUCUUACACCUUGGUUGGUUUAAUGGUCUUGGUUGUUCUGAAGCUGGCCUUCAGGCCAGUUACUGUGGUGAAUAUUUUGCAUCUUCUGCGAGACCACUGGGCCAUAACCUUGGUUCCCAUAGGAUUUGUGUUGGGAUGUUACUUUGACAGGAAGAAUGAUGAGAAAAUGUCACUCUUCAGGAACAAAAGCAAGUUAUUUCAAAGGGAAUUGAAACCUGGAGAAGAAGUCACAUGGCGAUAAUGUAUUAAAUGAGAAAUGCUUCCAUAUAAUUAAAUCUGCAUCUAUUAAAAAAA